UUAAGGAUUCAGCAGAAAUAGAGCAUAUUUAACCUGGAGGAUGGAACUGGUUAAGGAUAUUCUUGCAAAGUAGGGCUUGACUGGCACGUCCCAUGGUGGUGACCAGGCUAUGUGUCCCUCAGCCAAGAGGAGAUCAUAGGAGUAAGCUCUUAUCAGCACUGCCUGUCUGGGCCCAAGGGGUCCCCCUGGUAGGAUGGCAGCAGAGAAUAAGAUGAAGCUACAGGAAUUUUCCUGGCAGGCUGCUGACAGCCUGCCUAUCUUUGUGGGUACAGCUGAGCCCUGGCCUGUCUUCCUUUUUCUGGUUUUAUGUUUGAGGCAGCAUCUGUGUCUGCUCAGGAGCAGAAGUCUGCUCUGUUCAUUUUCCAGACCAAAAACAAAAUACAGGCUGAUUCUUGUAUGUCUGGGCUUUUGUCAUUUCUGCUAGCAGUCUUGAUUUCCCAAAUUGUGAGGGGCAAGGGGGAAGCCCCUUUUUGAAUACUAGAAAUGCCUUGCCCUGGAAGUCUUCCAUUUUUAUUGUCUUGCCACAUUUUGUGCAAAUCAGCGUUUCAGUUAAUCACUUCUUACUUUUUGUCAGUCAAGUUCCUUUUUAAAGAAUAGACUUUUAAUACCCUGAAUAGUAAAAGGCAGAUUAAAAUCCUUUUGUAAAACCAAUCAUGGUUUGCUGAGUACAAUGUUCUGUAUUUCAUGAAGUAAACUGUCUCAAGCUGGGACAGAAGCUGAUCUGGAUUGGUAAGAAUCCUAGAAAUGGGAUUAGCUAGGUGAACAUGCUGACCUGAUAAGACAUAAAAGUGUCUACAAAACAAUAACAGAGCAGAUUUCACAGUGACAUGGCAGGGUUUGGACUUAGGAAUUGCUUCCAGCAGAAGUCACACCAUGUCAACAGGCAAGAUGUCAUUCAGUUGUUUUACAGAAUAUGGUAAAAUAUAUGUCUAUGAUUACCCUUCCCAUGCUUUCUAUUAAUAUAUUAUUUAGAGCACUAUUUUAUUUUGACAGUUUUGAGGAACUUCCUGUGGUUUGACUCUUUAUUUUAUGAGCAUAUGAUAUCUAAAUCUUGAAAUGACAUUCAAAUGAGUCAUUUUAUCAGGGUGAAAGAACACAUUCAGCACACACAUGCGCAUGCAGGAAAAAAAAUGCAGUUCCUAAAAAUGUCAUGUGAGAGUUUUUUCAGUCACUCCAGAGACAGGACUGAUGGUACUUGCUCCAACACACUGAAAUAACUGCUUCACUCAGCUGCAGAAUGCCUCAAGUCCUGGGCAACAGCAGUUCACAGGAAGAGGCUGCUGUAUAUUAUGCAUCAGAAUCCAUUGUCUCCAUUGCUAUCUUCACCAUCGUUUUCAUCAUAGGUAUCCCAGGCAAUGGGUUGGUGAUCUGGGUAGCUGGUCUGAAAAUGAAAAGGUCUGUGAACACUGUCUGGUUCCUAAAUCUUGCUGUGGCUGACAUCAUGUGCUGCUUGUCCUUACCCUUUUCCAUUGUUCACCUGGCCCUCCAUGAACACUGGCCCUAUGGCUGGUUCCUCUGUAAAAUCAUUCCAUCAAUCAUAAUCUUCACCAUGUUUGCUAGUGUCUUCCUACUCGUGGCCAUCAGCAUUGAUCGGUGUCUCCUGGUGAUGAAACCUGUCUGGUGUCAGAACCACCGAACAGUGAAAGUUGUAUCGCUAAUAUGCAGUGGCAUCUGGAUCCUGGCCUUUAUUUUCUGCUGCCCUGUCUUGUACUACCGAGAGACGAGCACUUACGAUGGCAAAACAGAGUGCGUGUACAAUUUUGGAGUUGAUGAUUACAUGGAUGAUUCUGUAAAUGCAUCUGUAAAUGUGUCUGUAAAUGAGUUAUGGGAGGAGUACUCAAUCUACAAUGUUAGUGACUUGUGGGGAGGUACCAGUGAAGGUAAUGACUCCAUAGCCCUUGCCUCGGUGGUAAUAAACAUCACUAGGGCUGUCUUUGGCUUUGUGCUGCCCUUUGGCGUAAUGGCAGUUUGCUACACCCUCAUUGUUUUCAGAACACGUGCAAAUCAGUUUCACAAGCCACACAACAGGACACUGCGAACAAUUGUGUUUGUGGUAGCUGCAUUCUUCAUCUGCUGGGCUCCAUACCAUGUCAUUGGGAUUCUCCACAUUGUACCUAGUCUUGGAACAGGACAGGAGUCACUGAUCCUGUGGGAUCACCUCUCUACAGCACUUGCAUAUGCCAACAGCUGCAUCAACCCCCCGCUUUAUGUUUUUGUGGGACAGAACUUCAGGGCAAAGGUUCGGCAAUCAGUGCAAAGAAUCUUGGAAGGUGCCUUUAGUGAGGAACUCACAUCUUCAACCCUUCACAGAAGCCAGACUUCAGCAGAGAAGAACCUUAGCAGCACCUUGUAAUGCAGGACUUCUCUCACCACUGUAGAAAGAGCAAGCUAUAGUGCCACACAUCAAUUAUUCACUGCUUAGCAGGUGGUUUUGUUCCAAUAUGUUUGAUUAAGCUGCAGCUCCAACCCAGGACACUGCAUUCAUUCAGCUCAUGACAGAUAACUCUCUCUAUAUCUUACACUAGAGAGAUGGGAAGUUGGAAGCACCAAGAGUAAUAAUCUGAGGGAUGACUGGUGAAGCAGAAGACAUGUUAUUUUAACCUACACAGACUAUUUUAAGAAAGCAGGGCUGGCUGCAGAUUUGUGGUGGGAAUCAUGUAGUUGAAACUCUCAACCGAGAUAAGAAUGUUACUUUAUUUGUGUAUGUCUAUGUUCUACAUCUCCUGUCUCUGAUAAAGUGCAGAUAAAAUUAAUUUGGAUAUUGCUUCUUGGAAGGUCAUCACACCUUUCCUGUGACUCUACUAGGGCUCUGAGGUGUGCACUGGAAUAUCUGAAGACUUCCCUAGAGGGUACUGCUACAUUUCCUUACAGUCAUGCACUAGAACAGCUAGAACUUGCCCCAGUCAGCUGCACUGAACUGACUUUUGUGCCCUUGUAGAUGCCCAAUCUAUUUCUUUGUCCUGGCAAAUACAUCACUGUAUGGUAGUAACUGGUCAAUACAUAGCUGUACCCAUGUUCAUUAGCAUGUGCACACUCACUGUCUCCCCAACACUCCCUCCACCACCAGAGUCCAAAAUUUUCCUUUUAGGAGGCUGUUUGAGAUUAUCUAAAUGUAUCCACUGCUUUUGAGGUGGCACAUGAGCAGAAUUUGAGCAGCUGCAGUCACUCAAUGACCCAGAUUGCGUGGCUGCUGGCUGCUGGACUAUCAGCCAUUUGGCAAAACCCUGCAACUGAGAAGUGAUAACCUCCAAUCUGACCCCAAGAAGGUGGAAAUGACCAUGCUGUUGCUCAGCCAUGUCAGGCUCUCUUUACAAGAGAGAUGUGCUUCUUAUGUCCUUCCAGUGGAGAAAAAGUUUUAUCCAGUCAGGCUAGUUGGGGUGUUCCCAAGGCUGAAUGCUCCCUGCUCCUGAAAAGCAGAAAUAUGUUUAAUAGGUACUCUAUGGAGGCCGUUUAAAAUCUGCUUUUUGUGUUAGUUCUUCCUUACAAGAGAAAGGUCAGCAAAUAGUACUACAAAUAGACAGUAAGCAUGGGUAGAGUUUUCACUCUGCCUUUCUGGGAAGCAUGAAUUGAAAGACUCUCAGAGCUCACUGCCCUGAGAGAGAGAGAGCCAGCCGAGAGAAUCUUCAGCUCUUAACACCCUAGAAAGUCUCCAUCUAAAGAACAUCAAGGUGUGGGCUGUCCAUUUAGCCAUGUCCACACCCAAAUCCUAAGGUGGGAACCAAGCCAUCCUGACAGGCGCCGCUAAAAGGAAAAAAUCAAUACUGGCACCAAAACAGUUAAACCAUAAACAUUCACUUUUUCUUUUUAUUAAGAAAGCAUGCACAAAAAUAAACUCGUGAGACCACGCCCCUCUCUCCCUGACCACUGACACGAAGCAUUGGGGGCCACAUCAGGCUGGAGAGGCCGGCAAGACCCCUCUGUGGGGCAGGCUGGCCCCCCUGCCCUGCCUGCAGGCCGGUGCCAGCGCACCCGCAGAGCUCCACUCCCACCCAUCGAUGUCUUACCACGCACUAACAACGCACAUUGAUUUCAGGGGCAGAGGAACGAGGCUAAUUUGCACACUGACCGGCAUGUAUUUACAUAUGCAAAUGAGGCACAACUUAAUACGCAAAUGAGGGAAAUA